CGCUCCCUCACCGCCCUUCUCCCCUCCUUUCCUUUGUACAGCCCAAGCAAAACACAGACACGACACAUACCUUCCCCACACACGGGUUUCUAGUGCGCUCGUCGACGGUCUCUAUGAUCAUAAAGAUAUGAUCAAAUGAGAGAGGAGGCUGUCAAGAUCAACAAUUCUCUGCUCACGCUCGGAUGCGUCAUCAAGAGCCUCACAACGCAGGGAGCGGUCCCAGCUUACAGAGACAGCAAGCUCACUCUCCUCGUGGAGGACUCGUUGAGGGCGGGGGCAAAGACCCUCAUGUUUCUAAACAUCUCCCCGAACGCCAGCAGCGUGGAAGAAACUCUCAACUCGCUAAGACCUCCACACCUCCAUACACCCAUACCUCCACAUCUCCACACCUCCAUACCUUCACACCUCCAUACCUCCACACCUCCACAUCUCCACACCUCCAAACCUCCACACUUCCAUACCUCCAUACCUCCACACCUUCACACCUCCCAACCUCCAUACCUCCACACCUUCAUACCUCCACACCUCCAUACCUCCAUUCCUCCAAACCUCACCACACCUCCACACCUCCAUGCCUCCAUACAUCCACACCUCCACACCUCCACACCUCCAUACAUCCACACCUCCAUACCUCCACACCUCCGCACCUUCACACCUCCACACCUCCAUACCUCCACACCUCCACACCUCCACACUUCAAUACCUCCACACCUCCACACCUCCACACCUCCAUACCUCCAUACCUCCACACCUCCAUACCUCCACACCUCCAUACCUCCACACCUCCACACCUCCACAUCUCCACACCUCCAAACCUCCACAAUUCCAUACCUCCAUACCUCCACACCUUCACACCUCCCAACCUCCAUACCUCCACACCUUCAUACCUCCACACCUCCAUACCUCCACACCUCCAUUCCUCCAAACCUCUCCACACCUCCACACCUCCAUGCCUCCAUACAUCCACACCUCCACACCUCCACACCUCCAUACCUCCACACCUCCAUACCUCCACACCUCCACACCUCCAUACCUCCACACCUCCACACCUCCACACCUCCAUACCUCCACACCUCCAAACCUCCAUAUAUCCACACCUCCACACCUCCAUACCUCCACACCUCCACACCUCCAUGCCUCCAUACAUCCACACAUCCACACCUCCACACCUCCAUACCUCCACACCUCCACACGUCCAUACCUCCACACCUCCAAACCUCCACACCUCCACACCUCCACACCUCCAUACCUCCACCCCUCCACACCUCCACACCUCCACAUCUCCACACCUCAAAACCUCCACACUUCCAUACCUCCAUACCUCCACACCUCCCAACCUCCAUACCUCCACACCUUCAUACCUCCACACCUCCAUACCUCCACACCUCCAUGCCUCCAUACAUCCACACAUCCACACCUCUACACCUCCAUACCUCCACACCUCCAUACCUCCACACCUCCAAACCUCCAUACAUCCACACCUCUACACCUCCAAACCUCCACACCUCCACACCUCCACACCUCCAUACCUCCACACCUCCACACCUCCACACCUCCACAUCUCCACACCUCCAAACCUCCACACUUCCAUACCUCCAUACCUCCACACCUCUAAACCUCCAUACCUCCACACCUUCAUACCUCCACACCUCCAUACCUCCACACCUCCAUUCCUCCAAACCUCUCCACACCUCCACACCUCCAUCCCUCCAUACAUCCACACCUCCACACCUCCAUACCUCCACACCUCCAUACCUCCACACCUCCAAACCUCCAUACAUCCACACCUCCACACCUCCAUACCUCCACACCUCCACACCUCCAUGCCUCCAUACAUCCACACAUCCACACCUCCAAACCUCCAUACCUCCACACCUCCACACGUCCAUACCUCCACACCUCCAAACCUCCAUAUAUCCACACCUCCACACCUCCAUACCUCCACACCUCCACACCUCCAUGCCUCCAUACAUCCACACAUCCACACCUCCACACCUCCAUACCUCCACACCUCCACACGUCCAUACCUCCACACCUCCAAACCUCCACACCUCCACACCUCCACACCUCCAUACCUCCACCCCUCCACACCUCCACACCUCCACAUCUCCACACCUCAAAACCUCCACACUUCCAUACCUCCAUACCUCCACACCUCCCAACCUCCAUACCUCCACACCUUCAUACCUCCACACCUCCAUACCUCCACACCUCCAUGCCUCCAUACAUCCACACAUCCACACCUCUACACCUCCAUACCUCCACACCUCCAUACCUCCACACCUCCAAACCUCCAUACAUCCACACCUCUACACCUCCAAACCUCCACACCUCCACACCUCCACACCUCCAUACCUCCACACCUCCACACCUCCACACCUCCACAUCUCCACACCUCCAAACCUCCACACUUCCAUACCUCCAUACCUCCACACCUCUAAACCUCCAUACCUCCACACCUUCAUACCUCCACACCUCCAUACCUCCACACCUCCAUUCCUCCAAACCUCUCCACACCUCCACACCUCCAUCCCUCCAUACAUCCACACCUCCACACCUCCAUACCUCCACACCUCCAUACCUCCACACCUCCAAACCUCCAUACAUCCACACCUCCACACCUCCAUACCUCCACACCUCCACACCUCCAUGCCUCCAUACAUCCACACAUCCACACCUCCAAACCUCCAUACCUCCACACCUCCACACGUCCAUACCUCCACACUUCCAAACCUCCACACCUCCACACCUCCACACCUCCAUACCUCCACACCUCCACACCUCCACAUCUCCACACCUCCAAACCUCCACACUUCCAUACCUCCGUACCUCCACACCUCCCAACCUCCAUACCUCCACACCUUCAUACCUCCACACCUCCAUACCUCCACACCUCCAUUCCUCCAAACCUCUCCACACCUCCACACCUCCAUGCCUCCAUACAUCCACACCUCCACACCUCCACACCUCCAUGCCUCCAUACCUCCACACCUCCACACCUCCAUACCUCCACACCUCCACACCUCCACACCUCCACACCUCCACAUCUCCACACCUCCAUACCUCCAUACCUCCAAACCUCCACACCUCCACACCUUCAUACCUCCACACCUACAUACAUCCACACCUCCACACCUCCAUACCUCCACAUCUCCAUACCUCCAAACCUCCAUACCUCCACACAUCCAUACCUCCGUACCUCCAUGCCUCCGUACCUCAAUACCUCCACACCUCCACACCUCCAUAGCCUGUUUAACAUGGUACCAGAGCAGGCCCUUCCGCUCGGGCCUUCUCCUCACGCUUCCGCCUCGUACUUUCCUCCCUCCUGUCUCUUCCGCGCCGCCGUGGCAGCCAUGUCGUGCUUCCAUGGCUGCUUCGUCGUGCUGCCGAGGCAGGCUCGACGCGCUGCCGUGGCGUCGACGCCACAGCGUGGCGUCGUCGACGUGCUGCCGUGGCAACGUCGACAUGCUUCCGUGGCAUCGACGCGACGCCGUGGCGGCGUCGACGCGCCAGCGCACGAGUGACAGUGGGCCGCACACCGCUUUAGGCGCCAGCCAGCUCGCUCGCACGCCAGCCAGCGCCGCGCCAGCCAUGGCGUCUCGCUGCAGAUUCGCCCACCGCCUCCCCUGCAUCUCCCCUUUUUCCAGCAGCAGCUGAUGCCUUCAUACCCGAUCGUUGCCGAGUCGUGCCACGCCGCCGGGUGCUGCGAGCUACGCAGUCGCCAUCAUCGUCGUUGAAGCCGCCGCUGCCAUCGCCGCCGCCGCUGUCGUCGUCGUACCGCCGCUGAUGCCGUUGCUGCCACCCGCCGAGGGUGUCACCGCUUCGCGCGAGGGGUAGAAGCCCCACUUGCUGCAGGACAUGGGGGUGCAUGGGCUUGGGGGUGUUGCGUAUUGGAUGGGCUUGGCACUACCAAGCCUAAGGGGUG